UACACAACUGUGAUCAACUACAAACAGAAGGAGGCUGCCUCUCAAACACACUGAAAAGGAUCUCUCUGUUUCUCAGUGAUUGUCUAUGAGAAAUAUUUUAAAACAAACUUGUUAAUUUAAAAUGGCUCUGGAAGAUUUGAACGGUCUGGAAAAGAUGGAAUUCCCUGUGUUUUCAUGUCUAUGUGAGCUGUGUGACUGUGGUGAACACAAACACCAUCAGAACUGUCACAAGAACAAAUUGGCUGGAAUUACAGACCAUCUCCUGAGUCACUAUCAGUCCACUUUCACUCAGCCUCUGAAUCCCCAACCCCGGAGCAGCAAGAGGCCAUUCCGCACGCCCCCAUACCAGAACCCGCCGGCCAUGCAGGUGGAAACCACACAGCGAGCUGCUUUUAAACACAACCCACUCAGUCAACAAGGACGGCUCUGUACCACGAAGGAACAUUCCAGGGUUGUGCAGGAACCAGAUUUAGCGAAACCCGUCCACAGCAAUGCAAUAAUGCAAAAAUGUUCAAGAAGCAACAGCCUCCAUUCCAGCUGCUCAGGUUCCAAUCACAGCAGCAAGAAAGGAUCUCUUCCACCAACUCCUCCAGCCACUGCAGGUGUUCAAGAUCUGAAGACCAUUUAUGGACUCACCUAUCAGCCUUUACCCAUUGAGAAACAGCAUUCGCCUGGCAAGAAACGAGCCAAGCCAAAGUCUGCUCCCAUUGAGUCAGUCAGCACCUAUUGCCAGGACUAUCCCCUGUAUACAGAUCAGGCCUUGAGACGCCGGCCGCCAAUCCCCCAGGUGGAUAACCUGCACAUCAACCAGCAUUUACCUGUGGACUUCAACACAAUUCAGAGAGAUUCAUACAUUGGCUGGGACACCGUCAAAUACCCCCGUCGUGAUCCAAUCAUACUAAAGAACCAGUUGAAACUGGAAGGGACCAUUGAUACCAACACAGUGACAAGGCUUACAUAUACAGGGGCACCGUUCAAUCAACUGCAAGAUCUCAACCGACCCAUGACGAUGCAGAGUGCUUGUGGUGGCAAAUUUCGUAGUGGAACAGCCUAUACAAACUCAUUCAGGCCUUGGGAGACACACUCCAGGGUUCGUCACGGUGAUCUUCAUGAUGGAGCUUAUAUACCUCUUCCGGGAAAGAUUGAAGAUACAACAAUCACCAAACAAGACUUCACUCCAAAAAAUGUCUGUGAGCCAAAAGAUUCAGUUGGCCAGAAAACCAGCAGCAGGACCACCCAGAAGGAGGCCACCAGUCCAGCCCAUCUCCCCAUGUGCCGGUUACAAGCCUACCUGCUUCACCAGCGUCUCAAAGGCAUGAAGAUCUCACGACCCACAUCUGUUGCUACACAAUGACACCACGACGAGAGCCAUUGUGUCCCCAACACUAUGAUAUAGAAAUAUCCAGCAUUGAAGCAGCUCUCGAUCCACCGAGGCCUAUUGAAACAAAAAAUAAAAAUUAUAAAGAACCAAA